AUGCUCCAGAAAUCAGGAAUCAUUUCCCGAAACGUCUACUCUCUCUACCUUGAUUCCAUUGAUGCGGCCACCGGCUCUGUCCUCUUCGGAGCUGUUGACUCUUCCAAGUACUCUGGUUCUCUCGAGACUUUGCCUCUGACCUCGCCCAACGCCUUCCAGGUCGCUUACGGAGACAUUUCGGUAAAUGGACAGAGUGUUUCCAGCGGCGGAAAUGCCAUUCUCGACUCCGGAACCUCUUUCUCGUACAUCCCUGAAGCUGCAUUUGCUGGUCUUCAGAAAAAGCUCAAGCUGGGAACCCUCGAACCCAACACCCAGCUAUACACUAUUGAUUGCAACGCUGCUUCUUUCAACGUGGACUUCAAAUUUGGAAGCUCGACCAUCUCUGUUCCUUCUUCUCAGCUCAUCAUGCCUCUCAAGAACUUUGGGCUCAACUCCAACCAGUGUGUCUUUGGUAUUGUCUCUACCAAGUACUCUUCUGGUUAUGUUCUUCUCGGAGACACCUUCCUGCGAUCUGCCUACGUCGUCUACGAUCUGGACAACAAACUCGUCGGAAUCGCUCCAGCCAAGUACGGCACCGCGAGCUCCAUUCAACGAGUCACUGGUUCCCUGUGA